AGCGGGCGGUUGCUUGUUGGUUGUUGUAGUAACGGGGGAAGCAGCCUUCGGCGGCUGCGUUGAUUCCGGCUGGGGAAGGAGGAGGGAGGUGAAACAGAGCACGGUCCCCGCCUGCCCGCCCCGAGCCAUGAGAAGAUGAGACAGGAGUCUUUGCCAUCCAAAUUGUCUGAUCCAGUGAAACUGCAAGGAAGAAAGGUCUUUGAGGCCUCUGUCUGUUGACUGCAUGACAAACCCUAAAGGAAAUGCCAGUUGUGAUGGCCCGGGACCUGGAGGAAACAGCAUCAUCCUCAGAGGAUGAGGACCUGGUCAACCAAGAGGAUCACCCAUGUAUCAUGUGGACUGGAGGCUGCAGGAGAAUUCCAGUUUUGGUUUUCCAUGCUGAGGCUAUUUUGACAAAGGACAACAAUAUUCGAGUAAUUGGAGAACGUUAUCAUUUGUCUUAUAAGAUUGUGAGAACGGACAGUCGCCUGGUGCGAAGCAUUCUGACAGCCCAUGGAUUUCAUGAAGUUCACCCGAGCAGCACUGACUAUAACCUGAUGUGGACAGGAUCCCACCUGAAGCCCUUCUUACUUCGAACCCUCUCUGAAGCACAGAAAGUUAACCACUUCCCCAGGUCUUAUGAACUAACCCGGAAGGACCGACUGUACAAAAACAUCAUUCGAAUGCAGCACACGCAUGGAUUCAAGGCUUUCCACAUCCUCCCUCAGACCUUCCUCCUGCCAGCUGAGUACGCGGAGUUCUGUAAUUCGUACUCAAAGGACCGGGGACCUUGGAUAGUAAAACCAGUGGCCUCUUCUAGGGGGCGGGGCGUCUACUUGAUCAACAAUCCAAACCAGAUUUCCCUGGAAGAGAACAUCUUGGUCUCCCGUUACAUUAACAACCCCCUGCUCAUAGAUGAUUUCAAGUUUGACGUGCGCCUCUAUGUGCUCGUGACUUCCUAUGAUCCCCUUGUCAUCUAUCUCUAUGAGGAAGGAUUGGCUAGGUUUGCAACUGUGCGAUAUGAUCAAGGAUCCAAGAAUAUUCGGAACCAGUUCAUGCACCUAACGAACUAUAGUGUGAACAAGAAGAGUGGAGACUACGUGAGUUGUGAUGAUCCAGAAGUGGAGGAUUAUGGGAACAAGUGGAGCAUGAGUGCCAUGCUUAGGUACCUGAAACAAGAAGGCAAGGAUACAACUGCAUUGAUGGCCCAUGUGGAAGACCUGAUCAUUAAGACAAUAAUCUCUGCUGAACUAGCUAUCGCCACAGCCUGUAAAACCUUUGUUCCGCACCGCAGUAGUUGUUUUGAACUGUAUGGCUUUGAUGUGCUCAUAGAUAAUACUCUGAAACCAUGGUUGUUGGAAGUGAAUCUCUCCCCUUCUUUGGCCUGUGAUGCACCCCUGGACCUCAAGAUUAAAGCCAGUAUGAUCUCAGAUAUGUUCACUGUUGUAGGGUUUGUGUGCCAAGAUCCUUCCCAGCGCUCAUCCAACCGGUCAAUUUAUCCCACCUUUGAGUCUUCCAGACGGAACCCUUUUCAGAAACCUCAGCGUUCCCGUCCACUCUCUGCCAGUGACGCAGAAAUGAAAAACCUUGUGGCCUCGGCCCGGGAGAAGGUACCAGGGAAGUUAGGCGGUUCUGUGCUUGGUCUGUCGAUGGAGGAGAUCAAAGUUUUACGGAGGGUAAAGGAAGAGAAUGACCGGAGAGGAGGAUUUAUCCGCAUAUUUCCUACAUCUGAGACAUGGGAAAUAUAUGGGUCCUACCUUGAACACAAAACCUCCAUGAACUAUAUGCUGGCAACACGCCUGUUCCAGGACAGGGGAAACCCAAGAAGAAACUUGCUGACAGGAAGAACACGAGGGAAUCCUGAAGGAGCACCAGAACUGAAGGUGGAGAGCAUGAAUUCCAAGGCCAAGCUGCAUGCUGCUCUUUAUGAGAGGAAGCUACUGUCUCUGGAGGUGCGAAAACGUAGACGACGGAGUGGCAGAUUGAGGGCAAUGAGGCCAAAAUACCCAGUGAUUACCCAACCAGCUGAAAUGAAUAUUAAAACUGAGACAGAAAGUGAGGAGGAGGAAGAAGUUGGACUAGACAAUGAAGAUGAAGAGCAGGAAGCUUCCCAGGAGGAGUCUGCAGGGUCUCUUGGAGAAAAUCAAGCCAAAUACACGCCUUCGUUGACUGUGAUAGUGGAAAACUCACCCAGAGACGGCUCCAUGAAAGUCACCGAGUGGACUAAUAAAGGUGAUCAGUGCUGCAAACUUGAGACUCAAGAGCCAGAGUCUAAGUUUAACCUCAUGCAGAUUCUCCAGGAUAAUGGAAAUCUAAGCAAAGUGCAGGCCCGGUUAGCAUUCUCUGCCUAUCUUCAGCAUGUCCAAGUCCGUCUCACGAAAGACAGUGGUGGUCAGACUCUCAGCCCCAGUUGGGCUGCCAAAGAGGACGAACAGAUGGAGCUAGUGGUCCGUUUCCUUAAGCGAGCAUCAAGUAAUCUCCAGCAUUCACUAAGGAUGGUGUUACCUAGUCGGCGCUUGGCACUUCUGGAGCGCAGAAGAAUCCUUGCCCACCAACUAAGUGACUUUAUCGUUGUAUACAACAAGGAAACAGAACAAAUGGCUGAGAAGAAAUCAAAGAAGAAACUAGAAGAGGAGGAGGAGGAUGGGGUGAAUGCAGAGAGCUUUCAGGAGUUUAUCCGACAAGCGAGUGAGGCUGAACUGGAGGAGGUGUUGACUUUUUACACCCAAAAAAACAAGUCUGCCAGUGUCUUCCUGGGGACUCACUCUAAAAGUUCUAAGAACAGCAGUAGUUAUUCUGAUAGUGGGGCAAAAGGUGAUCACCCUGAGACAAUUCAAGAAGUGAAAAUAAAGCAGCCCAAACAGCAACAGGCAACAGAAAUCCACUCCGAUAAAUUAUCUCGAUUUACCACUUCAGCAGGAAAAGAGGCUAAACUAGUCUAUACCAAUUGUUCUUCUUUCUCUGGUCCUGCUGCUGUUCUUCUGCAGAGACUCCCCAGCACCCAUUUGUCAUCUGUUAUUACAACCUCUGCCCUCUCGUCAGGUCCUGGCCACCAUUCUUCUUUAUCUCAAAUUUCUCCAGCUAUCCCCAGCAUACCUCACCAGUCAGCACUUUUACUGAACCCAGUCCCCGAAAAUCCUCCUCCCUCCAUACACCCUGGGACCCAGAACAUAAGCCCCGCUGGCCUGCCACGCUGUCGAUCAGGCAGUUACACCAUUGGCCCCUUUUCCUCUUUCCAAAGUGCCGCACACAUCUAUAGCCAGAAACUGUCUCGUCCCUCUUCAGCAAAGGCAGCAGGUUCAUGCCAUCCCCACAAGCAUCAUUCAGGAAUAGCGAAAGCACAAAAAGAUGGUGAAGAUGGUUCAUUCAACAGAAGGUACAACCAGAGUCUGGUUACGGCCGAACUCCAGAGGCUAGCGGAGAAGCAGGCAGCCAGGCAGUAUUCUCCAUCCAGUCACAUCAAUCUGCUCACCCAGCAGGUGGCAAACCUGAAUUUGGCCAGCAAUGUCAUAAACAGAAGCAGUGCUUCAACACCCCCUACCCUUCGACCUGUCAUCAGUCCUAGUGGCCCGACCUGGUCUAUCCAGUCAGACCUCCAUGCUUCUGAGAACCACUCUAGCCCCCCUGGAAGCAGGAGCCUCCAGACAGGUGGCUUUGCCUGGGAGGGCGAGGUCGAGAACAACGCAUACAGCAAGGCUACGGGAGUGGUUCCCCAGCACAGGUAUCACCCCACGGCGGGCAGUUACCAACUCCACUUCGCCCUCCAGCAACUUGAACAACAGAAACUUCAGUCCCGGCAGCUUCUGGACCAGAGUCGAGCCCGGCACCAGGCAAUCUUUGGCAGCCAGACACUACCUAACUCCAGUUUAUGGACAAUGAAUAAUGGUGCAGGCUGUAGAAUUUCAAGUGCCACAGCUGGUGGCCAGAAGCCAAACACCCUGUCACAAAAAGUGGUGCCACCUCCAAGUUCCUCCACCUUGAUCUCCAAGCCCCCAUCCAAACAAGUGCUCAGAAAGGCAACAUCCCAGAGGGCUUCCAAAGGCUCCUCCACAGACGGGCAGCUGAACGGACUUCAGAGCAGCCUUAACCCUGCUGCAUUUCUGCCCAUCACCAGCUCCACAGGAUCUUUGGAAGCUCCCCAAGUUAUUUUCGCCAGAUCCAAACCCUUACCCACUCAGUCUGGAGCCUUUGCUACAGUUCUAGGACAGAGAAAAUCAAAGUCGGUGAAGUCAGGGACAAUUUAAGAAAGGAAUGAGGAGAGAGACAGGAACACCAAAUCCACGACUUGGUCAUCUACCAAUAUGUACUGGAGAAACCAAAAACACCCAAAAUUCUGGUACCACUCAGCCAAUGACACUUUAACCCUGACACUAAGCAGCCUGCCCCCUGAUGAGCAACUUGUGAAGUAUAGAAAAGUGAGGGAGAAGGUCAAGAUGUCCUCCAGUGCAUCGGCAUCCGGAAGGGUGAAUGUGACAGCCAGCUCCAAACCAAACUGAUGGCCUGCCAAGGAGUCCUGGCAUCUCUGUUUCCAGGUCUGUGAGCCUUGGACCCGCCAUGGUGUACCGCUUUCCUCGAGCCGCACUCCUGUAUCCCUCUGUCCUCUCUGGUCAGUGCUCGGCCAUGUAGAUGUGUCAGCAGUGUAGCCCUGAGAAAGUUCAUCUCCUCACCUGGAAUUCUGCACAGACAUGGUCCUGCUAAACUUGAGCUCACCAUCUUCUGGAGACAGCUGAAGUGGGGAGACAGUGUGCCAAGGGUGACAGACAUGGGCCCAGAGUCAGUCAUGGUCUCAGAAAUCAGCAGUAUGGCUACAGGGAAGCAUCACCAAGCAGGCCCACCAGCCUGUGUCUGCAGAAACUUAAUUAGGUUCAGAUUGCCCAUCCGCAGUGGGCUGCCUUCCUUGAACACAGAAGUAACUUACAGGGUGAGGAGGCAGAAGACUGUCAGAGGCCACAGCCCAUUCUGGCAGCAAUCUGUGUCAUGGUGGUGAGCGGAGGACUGUGCAGCCACACUCACUGAUGGGCAGCAUCAGCAGCUGUGACCGACCCAGAAGCCUUCCUUAUGUGCGUUAGAGAAGCAGACGUGCUAGACUGAAGAAGAUGAAGUUUGCAAAACAUGUCACAUAAUGCCGAGGAAAUGCCUGGGGUCCUCUUGAAGGUAACUGUGCUGAGGAUGUCAGGAAUGAAAGUCCAUCUAAGACCCCUCUCUACUGCCCUAGGCAAGUGUUAAAUUCACACAGAGAUAUUGCUGUAUAUGUUGUCUUAGUGCCUGGUUUACCAAUAUAGUAUAAAUAUACACAUUGUGUUAACUGUA